AUGUUCGUUCAUCCUGCGAAAAAAUACGCGCGCGAAGCCAAAAAAAUCACAGGGAGUGGACGUCCGAGCGAUGGCGAGUUUCUUUUCGUCGCUCACAUGCCAGAGUCGGCCUUGCACGUGCUGUACCACGGGGGCGCCGACGACGCCAUCCGGGCCUGGCUGGUCAGGCACGGAGUCCGCGUGCACGACCACAGGCCAGAGUGGCGCGGAGAGGCCGAGCGCCUACGGGCCGAGGGCCUCCGGGGCACGUCGUUCGAGAGGCACCGCUUCUUGAACGCCGGGGACUACUUCGGCACUUGGCAGCUAUUGACGUGCCUUCGCUCGUGCCGGAGGACUAUUGCUUGUUGCUGGAUUCCGACACAUUCUUCGUCAAGCCCGUGA